UGACUUCAAUUACUAAUUUAACAUCACAUUCACAUCCUCUAUUUCCAACACACACACACACUAUAUAUAUAUAACCUUUUCCAUUCAGAAGUGAAGAAAGAAGGCUUCUCUUUAGCCAUGGCAACCAAAACGAUGACCAUUAAUUUGUGUUUAAUUCUGCUGUCAUUUGGCGUAAGUUCUACCACAGCAACCAAAUCCUACGCAAGAAACAUCGACCCAAAAUCCUUAAAACUCAACAACAAACAACACCAAAAACUUACACACCUUCGCCUUUAUUGGCACGACACCGUCAGCGGCGGCAGACCCUCCAGCGUCGCAGUUCUUCCGCCGCUCAACAACGUCACCGAGUUCGGUCAAGUCAACAUGUUUGACAACCCUUUGACUGCGGGCCCUGAAUUGGGCUCGCAAUUGGUGGGUCGAUCUCAAGGCUUCUAUGCAGGUGCAGCCCAAGAUCAAAUUGGACUUUUGAUGGCUAUGAACUUUGCUUUUACUCAUGGCAAAUAUAAAGGUAGCUCCUUAACUGUGAUUGGUCGGAAUCACAUCUCCGACGCCGUCAGGGAAAUGCCGGUGGUCGGCGGAAGUGGUAAGUUUAGAUUUGGUAGUGGCUAUGCUUUGGCGAAAACUCAUUGUUUAGAUCCUGUCACGUUUGAUGCUGUUGUUGAGUAUAAUGUUUAUGUGUUGCAUUAUUGAUUGUCUUUUUUCCUUCCCUUCGACAGCAGCGUUUACUUGUAAUAUUUGCUGAUCGUUUAAAGGCUUAUGAAUGAAGAAUAAUUUUGCGUUUAUGUAA